AUGCCCUCUGCCGGUACCCUCAUCGGACUCAAAGUCGCGAAUAUCGAUCAGAUCGUUAAGACGUAUGGCCCUCAGGCACUCGACGCCUUCCGUAAAGAGACGCUCGCCAAGACGACUGAUCCACUAGCGCCUUCUCACCAAUGGACGACGCGCAACUGGCCUACCUGGCUCGUCCCAGAAGACUACGUCGUCUUCCUCGCCAAACGCCUUCAGGUGCUCCAAUACGGCAUCCAGGCCUUCGGCAUAGACGCUCAGAUGGACGCGAUCGGCGUUGUUGUCCAAUGCGUCCCGUUUCGGGAGGUGCUUAGAGGAGGACGCGCCUUGAAGGAUGUUGAGAAGGACGAUGUCGAGGACGUGGACGUGGAGGAGAAUGUCCAGCGGGAUGGGUGUGCGUGGAGGGAAUGCGAGUUCCACGGCGUCAAGGGGGUUGGACCCAAGUUGAUGGGGUGUAAAGGGUGUGGAGAGGUGCGGUACUGCGGCCGUGAGUGCCAAAGACGGGAUUGGCGUGCGGGAGGGCACAAGACGCGAUGCGGUACCCGCUUGAAGCGCCCAACCUUUGGGACGAGCUCCAGCGCUGAGAGCGCUCUCGGGUCUGACAUCGAGAUCAAAGUCAAUGGAUGA